UUGACAUAGUCCAACUUGUGUUUAACUUGUGUUCAACUUGUGUUCAACUUGUGUUCAAAGAGUGUUCAAGUUGUGUUCAACUUGUGUUCAAAGAGUGUUCAAGUUGUGUUCAACUUGUGUUCAAAGAGUGUUCAAAGAGUGUUUAAAGUGUGUUCAUCACCUGUGUUUAAAGUGUGUUUAUCAAGGUGUGCUCUAAGUGUGUACUAAAUCGUCAUCAAGGUGUGUUCCGACGUGUGUUAAGGUUUCUGAGAACCAGCGGGUAUUAAGCUAUUGGCACGUGCGAUCUUGGAGGAUUAGCUAAUCGCAUUAGUGGCUCACACUGACGUCACUGAGAUGGAAUAGGAUUCUCUUGGACACUUGAGAAGUCAGAUUCAACAUUUUGUAACCAGUCAUAUGACUUAAGAACAUUUUGUAACCAGUCAUAUGACUUAAGAACAUUUUGUAACCAGUCAUAUGACUUAAGAACAUUUUGUAACCAGUCAUAUGACUUAAGAACAUUUUGUAACCAGUCAUAUGACUUAAGAACAUUUUGUAAUCAGUCAUAUGACUUAAGAACAUUUUGUAACCAGUUAUAUGACUUAAGAAAUGGGAAACCGAACAAGUCAUGACGCCGCUUAUGAUGACGCCGAUGACGCCGCUGAAAGUUCUCUGUAAAUGAGCCGAGGGUCAGCCGUCCUGAUUUGAUCUCUUGUCCAGGGGUCACUUCGACCUGCCAGACAACACAGCAGUGAUGACGUCAGUUUGAUCUGACUCGCGACCAAUGACGUCAGAGAGUUGACACACUAUGGCUGUCUAAGGCAAUCAAGAUCAGGAUACACCCCGUGAUACCGACCCCACUAGAGACUGACCAGAAUACAACUACGUAGCUGCUUACAUCUUUAAACCUAACCUUUGACCUUUGGCAAGCGUGUGUUGCUCGAAGCGUGGCGGUGUGAGAUGAAACAAAGAUUGAAAUAGAAAUAAAAGACCAAAAUGAGGAUUUUGGUAUUUGGCCUUGUUUUUGCCAUGGUGGCAGCUCUGUCGUCCUGGCAAGGGGACAUAACUGAACAAAACCGAUAUGACGACUACGGCCGGGCCAUCGAGCCCAAGAGCGAGGAUUACGUGAACGGCCCAGAUGUCAAUGACCAAUACCGCUGUAUCAAUAUGGCUGACAUCAAAAACAGGCAGAGCAAAAAUUUUCCCACGGCGAAAAUUCCACCGUACAAAAAUUCAGACGAGCGUUGCAUCAUCACCAUCGAGAACCGCACCAGCUGUAGUCAGACAAGAAACAUCAACGUCACCAAACCCACGCUCAUCAACGUCACCGUGGAGACAUGCUGCAUCACCAUGUGCACUCACCUGACGCAGGUGGUGGUGCCUGACGACAACCACAUCCUGCUCAACUUCCUGCACUUCAAGGUGCCUGGGCUGAACCUGCUCCGCAGUGAGGCGCUGGGAGAGUGCGAUGAGUCACUGCAGGUCUCGGUCGAGGCCGUGCCCAAAAACGGCGCCCACGCGCCCAAGACGCACCGGUUCGGCACCUUUUGUGGCAUCAAGCAACCAACGGCCAUCUUUGUUGAGUACAGCAAGGUCAACCUGAGCCUGCACAUGCUGGACAACAAGCAGUGCGUGGACAAGAUCAGCUACGUGGUGCAGGUCUCGCCCUGUCUCAGGACCCAGUACGACAACUGCUCCUCCCCCAAGUACAUCGACCUGACCAACAAGGACCGGGGCUACAUCUCCUCCCCGGGGCUGAGAGACAAGCAGAACUACCCCAACGAUCUCAACUGUACUUGGACCAUCACUGUUCCCACCGACAAACUCAUCCGGCUUAAUGCCGAGAUUAUCCGGCUUAGACCAGGUGACGUCAUUAAAAUUACGCUAUCUGGCCAUUAUGAGGCCCGGUUCCCCAGGGAACUCUACUUCACCGACCUCAACUUCACCCAGCCCGUCAUUCUCCCGACACACGAGUGCCAGAUGUCUUUCUUCUCCGACAGCAUUGAGUCGGGGGUGGGGUUCAACAUCUCCUACACGUCGGUUUCCCCCAGCAGGUUCAUCCCGAUGUUUGACAACAGUUCCUACGAUUGCUCCAACCUUUCCGUCCCCUUCUCCAUGAAAUGCAACUUUUACGACGACUGUGCGCGGGGGGAGGACGAAGCUGAGUGUGGCUACAAAGACUCCGGGUGUUGGCCGGACGGCUACGUGCACGGACAACACUGUUACCAUGUCGUUCGCAACCAGGAGAUGUCGUGGUUGAUGGCUGAGCAGUACUGCGAGCAACAGUUUGGGGCUCACCUCGUCACCAUCAAUACGAAAGUUGAGAGAAGCUUCAUUGACAAGCUACGCACGUUUCUUGGUAAUAUUAUGGCGGUUACAUUUUUAGGGCUUAAGCGCAUGCGUAUUCAGCAAGUGGGUCAGAUCUACAGGCGGAUGUGGCAGUGGACGGACGGCACCACAGCCUAUUACCUGCCGGACGAGUACCGUUACGAAGGUUGGUCGACAUGCGCACUCCUACACUCUGAUUAUUUCCACUCGACAGACUGCGGCGCACUCAAACGAAAUGUCUCCUUCAUCUGUGAGAGGACAAUGGUGGACCUGCCCACAGUCGAGUUGGACAUCGUCAAUCAAAUGCCUGGAAACUCGCAUCUACAGAGCAAACUAAAGCUAUUCCAUUGCCGUUCAUCUCACGAAUAUAUUUCUAUAGAGCAGAGGUGUGACAAGGUCGACAACUGUUUUGAUCGAACCGACGAAAUGGACUGCAACUAUGAGGAACUUGAGGCCACGAUGUUUGCCUGUGAGACCUCGGGUCUGUUGGCCUACUCCUUCGUGUGUGACGGCAUCGCUGGCUGCCGAGACUCCUCUGACGAAACACGAUGUAAGAAACCGAAGAAAGCCGACGUAGGCCACACCUUGGCUGUGUGCACUGAUGGCAUGGUCCUAAAGCGGGACCUGCUCUGUGACGGGAGGGAGGACUGUCUAGACGCCUCAGACGAGGAGGACUGCAACGAGUGCGUGGCUGGCAGCACCCUCUGCCCCAUGAUCGCCUGCCUCCCCGAGAAAUGGGCCGCGGACCAGGAGACCGACUGCCCGAUCAGAGAUCUAAAGGGCGGCAGGACGCCAGAGAGAGGGUUUACUGAAAACAUCCACCCCUCCAAAGAACCCCCAGGGUCCGUGAUACCAGAUGGCUACGGUAAGUUUAAUAUCAGCAAGACCAUGAGCAAUCCGUGUCCACCCACCCACUUUCAAUGUCGCGAAGGUUUCUGCAUUCCAAUUUACAUGUGGUGUAACGGGUUCGCUGACUGCCCCCAUAAAGAAGACGAGAUCAGUGCUAACUGUAAGAAGGUGUGCCAAAACAAUUACAAGUGUAAGCACUCAAGCGUGUGUGUAAGUCAGGAGCACAUCUGUGACGGCCACUACCAGUGCCCCAAACACGACGACGAGCUGCUGUGUUCAUUCCUGAACCAAACGUGUCCCGACAACUGCUCGUGUGUAAGGAUGGAGUGGACGUGUAGAUCCGCCCCAGUCCUACACGCGUCCAUCCCGGUACCUGUACGCUACCUGCGGCUGGAACAUGCCAACCUCACUUACCUGAAGUUGGAUGGCAUCGCCGAGUACAGCCUGAUCUACCUGAACGUCUCGUCCUGCCAGGUGCAACACAUUGGUGAAGACAACAUGCGCUACCUGAAUUUGAAGACAUUCGACGCCAGUCACAACCAAAUUUCGGAGCUCAGUAACGACACCUUCAAGCACUGUCCGGUCCUGCAGAAGCUGAUACUGUCCCACAACCAGCUGAUCAACCAAAACUUUUCCUUCCUCAACAGCACUCGCGAGUUGUGGAUACUGGACAUGUCCUACAACAGCCAGCAAGAACUGCUGAGCUGGAGCUUCACGAGCGCCGAUAAGUUGCAGGAAUUGAUCCUAAGUUACAUGGGCAUAGAAAUUAUUAGAGAGAAUGCUUUUGUAAACCUCACCUCUUUAAGACGUCUCGACCUAAAAGGAAACAAUAUUAUUUAUUUCUCGUCCACUAUUUUCAAAGAGCUAAACAACCUGAGACAUAUAUCAACAGACAACUAUAGGCUGUGUUGUGAUCACGUUAAGCCGAAAAAUCAGCACGUCGACUGCAACGCUCCAUACGACGAAAUCUCAUCGUGCGCGGACAUUCUGAGAACUCUGCUCUUGCGUGCGGCGCUAUGGAUCAUGGCCGUCCUGACGAUAGUUGGCAACGUUAGUGUCAUCGUUUACAGGAUUUUCUUUGACCGGGGACUGAAGAACAGCUUCCGCAUCAUCAUCACCUGCCUGAGCGCCUCAGACCUGAUCAUGGGCGUGUACCUGGUCAUCAUAGGGACGGCCGACGCCAUGUACCGCGACAACUACCAGGACAAGGAGCGCGAGUGGACCAGUAGCGUCUCCUGUCAGGCCGCUGGCUUUCUCUGUCUGCUGUCCAGCGAGACUUCGGCCCUCUUCAUCUUUCUCGUGACCCUAGACAGACUCCUGGCCAUCGCCUUCCCCCUCCAUCCACACUUUCACUUCAACGGCAAGUCGGCCGCUGUGGCGUGCCUGUUGGUGUGGCUGAUCGGGUUGUUGAUGGCGCUGGUGCCACUACUUCCGCCCUACCAGCACUGGCACCUCUACACACAGAAAGCCGUGGGCGUUCCCCUGCCCAUAACACGCUCAUACUUCCCGGGCUACGAUUAUGCCUUCGCCAUUUUUAUUCUCUUCAACAUGAUCGUAUUUCUGCUGGUGGCCCUGGGGCAGCUCCUCAUCUACCUGUCGGUCCACCUACAGAAACACCCCCAGAUCUCCGAGGCGCGUGUGCGCCAGGACACAGCUAUAGCCAAGCGUCUCGUGCUGGUAGUGCUCACAGACUGCCUCUGCUGGUUCCCAAUAACAGUCAUGGGUCUGGCAGCACGGUCCGGCCUGCCGGUGCCCGGGGAAAUGUACGUCAUAGCCACAGUCUUUCUUCUGCCGGCAAACUCUGCCUUCAACCCCUUCCUCUACACGGCAAACGCCAUCCUGUUAGCGCGGCGCAUGCGCAGAAAAAAGAAACAAGCUCUGGAGGCGGAGUUUGGAUUAUGCCAGUUGUCCAGAUGAAGCAGAGGGCCCAGUUCUCGCUGGAAGACGAGAACAAGCGCACGCGCACAGCUUACAGCCGGGGCCAGCUGCUGGAGCUGGAGAAAGAGUUCCACUUCAACAAGUACAUCUCCCG